CAGCACAGAAAUGAGCACCGAGUAGCAGCAGCGGCAGCAGCAGGGAAGCACGUGCAGUAGAGGAGACACACGCAGCAGAAGCAGCACGGGAGGCACGCAGCACGUGCGGGUCAGGUGCACGGCAGGGGGUAUAAGAGGGGGCAGAGGAGCAGCACCACCCACACAACCCCACGAAGCAAAAAUGGCUAACUCAGAUGUGUACGAACGACACUGGUUCCGGCUCUUGCAGCUCAACAACUUCCUUCGCAACCACCUCAGGCUCAGCUUGUUCGAGUUUGUGGUUGUUGCCAGCUUUCCUGUGGUGCUUGUGGUGGGUCAGCUUCUCUCGCUCAGCGAGCCUGCUGCUGUGGAGCACUCGUUGUUCAGCUCCUUUUUCAGGAACAAGAAAAACUUUAUCAACCUUGUCUUUGUCAAGAAUGGCUGGUUCUGGAAUACCUUUAUCUACCUCUUCAAUCUCGUCCUGUUGAUGCUCUUGCAGUCUGUCCACUUGGCCAAGUUGGACGCAACGCGCAAAACAAACAACAAAAACGCCAUUCUCUGGCGCAUCUUCACCAGCUCCAUCAAAAGAUACAUUCUAACCACCUUGUAUUGGUACUUUUUCACCCAGUGGUUUUUUGGCAAGCCCAUCAUGGACAAGAUCUUCAUUCUAACCGGCGGCAAGUGCCACGACAUCAACUCGCUUGACUCAAAGUUCCAAAAAAUACUCGGAAGAUAUCCAAGCCUAAGGGAACAACUCGUCUUUCCCCAAUUGGACUACAAAAUAAUCAAAAACAACAAUCCAGCUGAUGGACUCAACAUCGACACUGAGAACCUUCCACUUGAGGGUUUCACGUCCUCUGCACUUUGCAGAAGAAUUGGUGGGAGCUGGAAGGGGGGCCAUGAUCCAUCUGGCCAUGUUUUUCUAUUGGUUCAUUCUUCUUUGUUUUUGAUCUUUGAGUUAUUGCCAAAUUUAUCAAUCUAUUUGAAUGAUUUCAUUUAUCAAAAUUCAAACAAUUACUACUUUGCUAGUCUAAUUGAUUACUUGAAAUUGAAUAAAAACAUUGACCAAAAAUUAAAAGAUAAUGACAGUAUUAACAAUAACAAUAACAAUAAAACUAAUCAGAUAAAUAAUAAAGAUAAAUCAAUUACAAACCUACUAUUUCAACUAUCUAAAAACUCCCUCUCCUUGACCUUUUUGCUCCUUUCUCUAUGGUACUUUAUGUUGCUCAUAACUUCUAUCUAUUUCCACUCAGUAUAUGAAAAAUUGUUUGGUUUACUAUUCGGUUAUCUCAGUUGGUUUUUAAUUUACAUCUUUCCAAGAUUCUUCAAUCUUAAUCUAUAUCAUUAGCUAUAUAUGAUAUUAUACAAUAUUAUACCCUACUAUAUACAGUAUUAUAUAGAAUACCCUAAUAUACUCUACU